UUAUCGUUAUUUAUGAUCAAUCGAUUUUCUCUUGCUGUUCCUAAGGCUUGCUGACUACGAACUCCGACUCCGGUCCUCCUCUUCCUCCCCCAUUCGGGCUGGCUGGUCAUGUCAUGUGUUGGUCUCGGCCCGUCGCUUCUCAUACUUCCUUCCCUUCCUCUCUCUCAUUGUCGGUCUGACAACAACAACAACAACAACAGUCUCGCGUUGUAUCUCGUACUGUUGUUCCCACCACCAACACAGACACGUGGAAAAGGGGCCUCUUAUUUAUCAUCCUUCUGUGGGGUGGAAAUCCAUCUGGAGUCUAAUGACCCAAAUAGAUUGACCUUUUCCGCCGUAAUGCAGAAGCGGACACAAGCUCGGAUAACAAAGGAAGUGGCAGUGUUCCGAACCAUUGACUUGCCACCAACACACCAACGCCUGCGGCCAUCACGCAGCCUCCGCUUCCUCAAUCCCUUUGAGAGCUCUCAACUCUGAAACAUGAGCUCCUGACCAUGGCGUCUGCAGUCCAUGGAUGUCGCUCCAUGCAGGAAAGCAUGCUUUUUCUCGGCGUCCCCGCGUUCUGCUUCGUUCUGCUUUGGGCAUAGUGG